AUGAAGGCUAUCGAGCAAAAGAAAAAGCCUACCAAGGGGGUUGACUAUCUGGAAGGAGUCAGUAGGAGGAUGGUGGCUGAAGAUGUGGGGACUGGACUGCCGACAACAGAGGGAUUUGACCUAGAAAAUUCUACAUUUCCUGAGUAUGAAGAUGGAUCAUCUCCUUGCAGUGUAACUGUGCCUGGAUUCAAUAGCUUGGGCCUGAUAAUCACCUUCAUCAUCGUGUGUGUCUUCAGCAUGGUAGGCAACAGUGUAGUUGUCUAUGUGGUUUGUUAUAUGAAGAAAGGUAGAGCCAGCACAGAUAUUUACUUGAUGCACCUGGCGAUGGCGGACCUUCUCUUCAGCUUUACCCUGCCGUUCUGGGCCGUCAAUGUUCAUUCUGGUUGGAUCUUCGGCAACUUCCCGUGCAAACUCCUGUCAGGCUUUCAGGAGGCAUCGGUAUACAGUGGUGUCUUCCUGCUGGCCUGCAUCAGUGUGGACCGUUACUGCGCCAUUGUGAGAGCUACACGUGUCCGGUCCCAUCACCUGUUGGUGAAAGUUGUGUGCUGUGUGGUGUGGGUGGCGGCUGGACUACUGUCAUUACCCGUGGCAAUUCUAAAGGAGAGCAUGCACACUGAAGACCUGGGCCAGGCCAUUUGCUAUGAAAACCUAACUGGUGAAAGCAGCAACCACUGGCGUGUUGGCAUUCGUGUUGUACGUCAUACUAUUGGCUUUUUCCUGCCACUGGUGGUGAUGGCUGUCUGCUAUGGCUUGACUUUGGUGAAGCUGUUUCACGCACGUAAUCAACAAAAAUAUAAGGCCAUACGCGUCAUCCUCGCAGUGGUGAUAGCCUUUGUUCUGUGCUGGCUGCCUUAUAACAUAACUGUACUGAUUGACACACUCAUGCGAGGCGGAUCUCUUAGAGUGGAGACAUGUCAAUCUCGCUACAUAUUGGCUGUGAUGCUAAAUGUGACCCAGUUGUUGGCCUUCUCGCACUGUGCAGUGAAUCCAGUGCUGUAUGCCUUCAUUGGGCAGAAGUUCCGUAACCAGCUGCUCUUAGCUCUUUACAAACAUGGCCUCAUCAGCAAGAGGCUCCAGAAUGCUUACAGGAAGGGCUCUGUCAACAGUGCAGGGAGCACCAGAUCU